AUGGCAUCUCAGCAACUCCACAUCCAUCUCAUCACCCUCCAGAAAGGCAGUACAGCUCAGGAUGUGCUACGAACGAUCACGGACGGCCUGAUCAUCAAAGGCAAGCCUCACGGCUGGGUCCACCAACCUCACUCCCUCGAUAGGCAUCGACUUCUUGCUCAUGCCUGGCAUCUAUUUUUCGUGACGAAAGAAUCGAAGCUGCAGAACGGCGCCCUGGAACAUGUCAGAGCCCAUAUCACCAUUCCUUUCUCGUUACCAAAAGAUCAGUUUGAGCAGCUCCAAUCUACCUCAACGUCUCGGCCGAGGGCUUCUGACAAGACACCUCCUUUGCCGCAAGAAUGGCAGGGUGGAGAUAUACCAAAGUCGGCCAUCACCUCCGCAAGAGAGGGCUCACUCAGGCCCGGCGAGCUUCACCUCGACCCAUUAAUGACCGAAUUUUUGUUUAACGCACUCCCUGUUGAGCUUUCCAACGAACCGGUCAGCCUGUUCAACUUGUUCAAGUACAAGGGGAGCAGUGCAGUCCACGACGACUACAUGGAAGACUUCAAGAAGGGAUUUGGCAGCUCCGCCGGAGCGACAGUGCGCUUCAUGGCUCCUGUGAGUGGGCCCUCGACUUCUGAUGGUGACGAUCAUCCCAAGCAGAGCUGGGACGAUGCCAACUUCGUCCAAUAUGACACGAUCUGGCAUUAUGCAUAUAUGUUGUCUACGGAUCUGUACGCCCCGAUGAACAAAAAGAAGGUUUCUGGCUUGGACGAUACGUGUAUUCUGUGCGUGAGCGAGGUGGAACUCUGGCUUUGGGAAGAUCAGAACAAAAUGUCGUCGGAGCAUGACCCUUUGCUCUCCCAUGACUGA